UGAUUUCCCAUUAAUAUAUCGGUCACCUCAAAAUCCUUCUCUCGCUCUCUCUCUCUCUCCCUCUCUCCCUCUUCUCGGAUCUGCAAUGUCGUCGGAUCGGAAGAUAAACCUGAGGAGCUCCGACGGGGAGACCUUCGAGGUGGACGAGGCGGUGGCGCUGGAGUCCCAGACCAUCAGGCACAUGAUCGAGGACGACUGCGCCGACAACGGGAUCCCCCUCCCCAACGUCACCAGCAAGAUCCUCGCCAAGGUCGUCGAGUACUGCAAGAAGCACGUUGAGGCCGCCGCCGAGAGCAAGUCCGAGGACCGCCCUUCCCCCGCCACCGCCGCCGAGGACGAACUCAAGGCGUGGGAUGCCGAUUUCGUCAAGGUCGAUCAGGCCACGCUCUUCGAUCUGAUUCUGGCUGCCAAUUACCUGAACAUCAAGAGCUUGCUGGACCUGACUUGCCAAACAGUGGCCGACAUGAUAAAAGGUAGGACACCAGAAGAGAUUCGCAAGACCUUCAAUAUCAAGAACGACUUCACGCCCGAGGAAGAGGAAGAGGUCCGAAGAGAAAAUCAGUGGGCCUUUGAAUGAGAAGGAACCAAGCAGAGAAGCUCAAGCUCUGCUCUUUCAUACCAUCGCUGUAUCUGUUCUACCUUCUCUUCUCCAGGCCGAUCGACUGCUUCGGCCAAUGCAGCAGUCGUCUGAUUCUUGUAUCUGUAGUAAAGACAGUUUCCUUUCCGUCGUUCUCUCUCUUCCUUCACCUGUGUAACUAUCAUUGUGAAGUUUGGUGGACGUGAUUGAUAAGCUUCGAACAUUUGCUCAUGUUUCUAUCCAUGGAAUCUUCAUCUGUUCAUA